GCAGCCAAGUUUAGUAGGUACAUGACUUUGCGGCUUGAAUAACAAAAAAGGUUUUUAUAGUUGGUUUGAUAUUUUCGACAUUGCUGUUGUUACAUUGAAAUGCCUGUCGAGAACUUGGAAGAAGAGGGUCUAGAGAAGAACCCAAAACUGGAAUUAGCUCAGUACAAGUUUCUCUUAUCGCUACCAGAGCAUAAACAAGAUGCUGCCUUGAAAUUGAAAUUAUUGGACGCAGUGCGUGCUGACAACAUGGCCCCUUGGUACGAACACAUAUGCUUGGAAUUGAAUUGGGUAGUGGAUAAGGAUUUGCUUGCUCGUAUGAAGGAGCAAAAUCGUUUGGAGUUAACAAAGUUAGAUGAAGCAAUAGAAGAUGCAGAAAAAAAUUUGGGCGAGAUGGAGGUACGCGAGGCCAAUUUGAAAAAGUCUGAACACUUGUGUCGCAUCGGUGACAAAGCUGCAGCCGAAACUGCUUUUCGUAAAACAUAUGAAAAGACGGUAUCACUCGGUCAUCGUUUAGACAUUAUCUUUCAUCUUAUACGUCUUGGUCUUUUCUACCUAGACCAUGAUUUAAUAACCCGAAACAUUGAUAAGGCCAAACAUCUCAUUGAGGAGGGCGGUGACUGGGAUCGACGCAACCGUCUCAAGGUUUAUCAAGGCAUUUAUUCAGUAGCAGUGCGAGAUUUUAAAGCAGCUGCUAACUUCUUCUUGGAUACCGUGAGUACCUUUACCUCCUAUGAACUGAUGGAUUACCCCACAUUUGUGCGAUACACUGUAUAUGUAGCAAUGAUUGCAUUGCCCCGUAAUGAAUUGCGGGACAAAGUAGUCAAGGGCGCCGAAAUUCAGGAGGUGCUUCAUGGUCUGCCUGAUGUAAAGAGUUACCUAUUUGCACUUUACAAUUGUCAAUAUGCCGAAUUUUUCAAACACUUGGCUGAGGUGGAAAAGGUACUACGUGCAGAUUACUUGGCACAUCCCCACUAUCGAUUCUAUGUUCGCGAAAUGCGCAUUCUCGCUUACACACAACUACUUGAAUCCUAUCGGUCGUUAACAUUGCAAUACAUGGCGGAGGCAUUCGGUGUAGAUGUAGACUACAUAGACCAAGAACUUUCACGUUUCAUUGCAGCUGGUCGCCUCCACGCAAAAGUGGAUCGUGUCGGCGGUAUUGUAGAAACCAAUCGACCAGAUAACAAAAACUGGCAAUACCAAGCUACCAUUAAACAGGGCGAUCUACUACUAAAUCGCAUCCAGAAGCUAAGUCGUGUAAUUAAUAUUUAAAUGUGGCAUUCGAUUUGUACUAGAUAAAAUGCGAAAUAAAAAACAAAUCACUUCCCCGAA